GUAACUGCUGCCCGUAAAUGUACCAGGAAUAGUAUUAUAACAUUUUUAUAAAGGCAUAAGCAGUCGAGCACAGUCAAGUUAGUCAACGGUUGGCAGUGGCACGCGUUACCGUUGUUUCUCGUCGGUCGUUUACUCUGUUGUUUAUUAUAUAUGCAAUAUACAUUUUCAUAUGAAAAAUUUAUAUGUAUGUAUAUGUGUGCAUAAUAUAUAUAUAUAUAUAUAUAAGUUUUUAUUUAUUUGAUUCUACUGUACCAAGUUUUGUGUAGAUCGAUUAUAGUUUUUUAUAAACACAUUUAUCAUUAUGGAAAUGAUAAACAGUCUUAAAAAUGUGAAACAUUUCCAUAAUAACGUUUAAAAGACGUUUACCAUUCGUAAAAAUCGGCUGUUGUUACGGAGCCGUUAAAUCGUAAUAUUUUUUCAACGCUUUUUCAAGAAAUUGCAGCUAACAGAACGGAGCUGACACCAAAACGCCUUCUCCACAUGUGGACAUCGCCGUCUCGUUUGAGAAUCGGUCGAGCACCAAGAAAAAAGCCGUAAACUCUUUACUGUGAUAUAUAUAUAAUCGUAAAAAAAAGUCAAAUCAUAUAUCAUUUUGACACUAAAAAUUCAAAUAAUGGAUAAUUCCAAGAAAGCAGUGUACAAGCGGAAACUUUCAUUUUUGGGUUUCGGCAGAAGAAAUAGUACCGACGGAAAUGGUACGGAAGCGGGACCGGAAUUGGACGAGGAAAUGGAAAAGGUGUUUGCCAUGGAUUCUGGAAAAAAAUUUGACGUAUCUCGUUUAGGAUCACCGCUCGAAUCGACUGCUUCCGAUCGUGACCGCGAUCGUGGUCCUCCACCUCGAUAUGGCGAUGACAUCUUUGAUCAACAUCGCAAGAGAAGCUAUCCUCACCCUCAUAUGCCUUUAAAAAGUCUACAUUCCAAGUCAAUGCGGAGACAUUUAUCACCAGAAGGAUCAAUAGAUUGCGAUCACGAAGAAGAAAGUAUCAACGGGAACGGUCAAGUAGGUAAUGGUGAUCAAGAAUUGGACACUAUGGAUAAUGGUGUUGUCACAACACCAACAAAUGAUGUAAAUUCACCAUCCGACGAACAAGAAAAUACACUUAGCAGUGAAUCUGAGGCACCAAUAUCUGAAAGAGCAGCUUCAAGUAUUAUUGAAAGUCCUGCUAUCGGCAGUCCUCGAGUACAAUUUGAAAAAAUUCAAGAAGAAGAAGAUGUAUUAUCAUCAUUAGAAGAGCCACUCAGUGAAGAAGAACGAAAAACACGAAGACAUCACAAUAAACAUCACGAUCACAAAAGACACCAUCAUAAAUCCAGAAAAUAUUCCUUGCAAGAAGAUCCACAAUGGCGCAAAAGAUCAGGUGCAGGUCUUCCAGAUGGUGUAGGACUUUUAGGCAGAAGAGUAAGUGUUCAACCAGAAGAAGCAAGCACACUUCAAGAACUCGAUAUAGAUGACCUAGAGUCUCAUCGGAGUGAUGAUCCUCGUGGAAUGAGAAGACAUAAAGCUUCGCAUCCAACAAUACAAAUAGGGCGUAAAAAAGAAGGUGGAAUCCCUCAUGAAACUUUAAAAAAAAUGUAUGAUCAUUCACCUCACGAAGUUUUUGUUCAAUUGGAUGAACUUCAUGGGGUGGGUGAAGAACGUGAAUGGAGAGAAACAGCUCGUUGGAUUAAAUAUGAAGAAGAUGUCGAAGAAGGUGCAGAUAGAUGGGGAAGACCUCAUGUAGCAUCUUUAAGCUUUCAUUCAUUGCUUAAUCUUCGUCGAUGUUUAGAGACUGGCGUUGUCUUGUUAGAUCUAGAAGAAAAAGAUGUACCUGGUAUGGCUUAUCGAGUUGUUGAACAAAUGGUUAUUGAUGAACUUAUUCUUCCUGAGGAUCGUCCUGUUGUUAUGAGAGCUUUACUACUUCGUCAUCGACACGUUAAUGAACACGACAGAGGUUUUCGUUUUGGUGGAAAACGUAACUACGCUAGUUAUACCAGUCUCCAGUCUAUCUGGCUGGAAGAAGAUGCUGCGCGGGAAGACACUGAAAAACAUAAUUUGAAUGACACAAAGCCAAAAAUCAUAUCAUCAACUCAAGCUCUGGACAAUAAUCAUACUACAAUUGAUAUGAAGGAAGAAAUGACGUAUACAAGUAGCAACGAGGAUUUAAAAAAAAAUCAUAACGAUUAUAUUUUCAAGCGCAUACCAGCAGGAGCAGAGGGAACUAUUGUCCUAGUUGGUGCUGUUGAUUUUUUGGAUCAACCUACUAUUGCUUUUGUUCGACUAGCAGAAGGUGUAUUUAUGCCAUCAAUUACAGAAGUAACAAUUCCUGUACGUUUUAUGUUUACAUUACUUGGACCUCGUAAUACAGAUUUAGACUAUCAUGAAAUUGGAAGAUCAAUAUCAACACUUAUGGCCAAUAAAUCAUUCCAUAAAGUUGCAUAUAAAGCAAAAGAACGACGUGAACUUCUUUCUGCUAUAAAUGAAUUCUUGGAUGAUUCGAUUGUAUUACCGCCAGGUGAUUGGGAACGUCAAGCAUUACUACCAUUUGAUGAGCUUAAAGCGAAAAGUGAAGCAAUUAGAAAACGAAAGGCUUCAGCGCUUGCAAAAGCCACACCAAUAAUUCAAAGUGACGCCGCCAUAAAAAAAGCAAUUCUUAGUGGAGAAGAUGGUAAACGUCCACCUGAUGAUGAUCCUCUUCGUCGAACACGCCGUCCUUUCGGAGGUAUUAUAAAUGAUAUAAAACGACGUUAUCCAUAUUAUUUAUCAGAUUUUACGGAUGGAUUAAAUAGCUCAUGUAUAGCAGCAGCAAUUUUUAUGUACUUUGCUGCGCUCUGUGCAGCAAUUACAUUUGGAGGUCUUAUGAGCGAUAAAACUCAUAAUGUUAUUGGAAUUUCUGAGACUCUUGUUUCUUGCUCAUGGACAGGUGUUAUAAUGGCACUUUUUGCAACCCAGCCUUUAGUAAUAAUAGGUACGACUGGGCCUUUAUUACUAUUUGACGAGAGUCUUUAUAAUUUUUGUCUUGCAUAUGAACUUGAAUUUCUUACAAUGCGACUAUACAUUGGUAUAUGGUUAGGUAUACUAGCUUUGGCGAUUGCCUGUAUCGAAGGAUCUGUUUUGGUUAGACUCUUUACUCGUUUUACUGAAGAAAUUUUUACUGGACUUAUUUCAUUACUUUAUAUCGUCGAAACUUUUAUCAAGCUUUAUAAUUAUUUCAAAAAAAAUCCCCUAUUACCAAAAUACUGCUUUGAUCCCAAUGACAAUGGUACUUAUUAUACAUCUAAUUUAACAGACAUAAAAGAGUACAUAGGACUAACUAAUGUAACAGAAAUAAGUAUUCCUGAAACAACUUUUUCAUUUUUACCAAGUUAUAAUGAAGCCGGUUUAUUGAUAAAUCAACCAAAUACGGCUCUUAUGUGUACUAUACUAUGUUUAGGUACAUUUUUAGGUGCGUAUUAUCUUCGAAUAUUCCGUAAUAGUCACUAUUUAGGCCGUAGUGCAAGAAGAGCUUUCGGAGACUUUGGGGUUCCUAUCAGUAUAAUUAUAUUUGUCUUAAUUGAUUAUCUCGCUGAAGUAAAAACUGAAAAACUUCUUGUACCAGAAGGUCUAAGUCCUACAGUACCCGGAAGAAAUUGGAUUGUAUCUCCAGCUGGUAUAAAUAGAACAAUUCCUGUAUGGAUGGCAUUUGCUUGCGCUGUUCCAGCUUUCCUUGCUUACAUUCUUAUUUUCAUGGAAACACAAAUAUCAGAAUUAAUAAUUGAUAAAAAAGAACGUAAAUUACGAAAAGGAAACGGAUAUCAUAUGGAUAUUGUUGUAGUGUGUUUAAUGAACGUUGGAUGUGGAUUAAUGGGUGCACCUUGGUGUUCAGCUGCAUCAGUACGUUCUUUGACUCAUGUCUCGGCAGUGACGGUCAUGUCGCGCACUCACGCACCAGGAGACAAACCUUAUAUCGUUGAGGUCAAGGAGCAAAGAGUUAGUGCACUUCUUGUCGCUCUUCUGGUGGGAACUAGUGUUUUUAUGGCUCCCCUGUUGCGCCGAGUACCCAUGGCCGUCCUCCUUGGAGUUUUUCUUUACAUGGGUAUAUCAUCAACUAAUGGAGUUCAAUUGUUUGAUCGUUUUAAAUUAUUCUUUAUGCCUGUUAAACAUCACGGUAGUGCUAAUUAUGUAAGACGAGUUCAAACAUAUAAAAUGCAUCUAUUUACGUUGGUUCAAAUAUUAUGUUUAACUGUAUUAUGGAUUGUAAAAAGUACUCCAGCAGCCCUUGCACUUCCUUUUUUUCUUAUUCUUAUGAUACCUCUACGCUCACAAAUGACCCGAUUUUUUACGGCUGCUGAACUUCGGGCACUUGACAGUAAAGGCCCUGAUAAUGAGACUGUUGAAGAUGAACUUGAUUUUUACGAAGAAGCGCCACUUCCUGGUUAGAUCGUGCCUUAUCUACUUAUAUCCUUUUUUUUCUCUAAAGGGAUAAAAUAUCCCUCUAUAGAUUGCCUAUUAUUUAUUCUUAGUUUAUCUCAAAGUAAUUACAUAAAUUUUUUUCAUCUUAUGAAUCAGUAGAUAAAUAUCUUAUUGCUCAGGUUAGACUCAGUGUAAAAAAGUUAGAUUUGUUUUUGUCAAUUGCAUUUUCAAUCUAUUUGGUUACUAAUUAUAUAAAUUCAAAUUUAUUUUUUUGAAUUCAUUUAUCAUCAUAGUAAAAAAAUUACCGUCAAUUAUUAAAAAAAAAAAAAAUUUACAUAUU